CUUCGAUGGGCAUAUUGGGCAUCUUGCUCUCUCGAAGCUUGCGGCACGGAUUUGUUCCCCGCCAAUAACAGUGCUCUUUUGUGAAGAGCUUACCAGGAAAUUAGGCUCCUGUGUCGUCCUAAAAAAAGUUUUAUUUGUCAGUGCCAGAAGAUGUCCAUGGCUCUGAGCCCCACGCCGGUGACCAUCACCGCCGGGCCAAGCGUUCCUCCGCCUUCUUCAGCUCUACCGUUUCAGUUCACCACUGCCUUUGUCACUAGCCUGACUGGCAUCCUCACAGCGUCCGAAAUGAUACUGUCGAUCAUCGUCUACGCCUUGUCAGUGUCUUCGGCUGGAGGCAUUUCCUCUCUGCAGCUCCUGAUGGCGCUUAGCUUCAGCUACUGGCUGCAGUGUUUUUUCUUUCUACUUUCGGAGAGUACGUCGACGAGACCUGUCCUGCCCGGGACGAGCUAUUUUCUUACAUUUCACGCCCUCGGAUCUCUUCUCUACAUCUUCGUCUCCAUCGCCCACCUGGCCAGCUUCAACUCCUCUGCUACCGUCGCCGGAUUUUCGAUAGCGGGACAGGCCCUUAACAUUGAUGUUUUCAACGCCGACGUGGUGAACGCAGCUGGGGCAAUGGGACUUAUCGCGGGAGCUGCGCACCUCUUCCACGUUGCAUUAAUAGUCAGGAAGAUGAUUUCGUAGGCCUGGACUAUUUUCUAAGAACAGCACUUGGAAUUGUUGCCACCGCAACAAAUAAGCCACAUUUUGCUUACAGGCUUUGCCAAGGUGACGGCUUUGUGGUUGUGACGUCGGUUCCACGCCUUUAUAGCCGUACUUGUUUAAUCAACGGAAAUGGGCGUUUGUGUGGCGAGCAGUUGAAGCAGCUCCUGGUCGUAAGAACAGCAUUAGGGAAGAGGACAAUUAUUUUUUUCUUCACCCUUGCUCAAUACGGCCCGUGCAGGUGCACCCGGGAGCACAGGUUUACGGGCUGUGUAAAGUCCUAUUAUUAUUUGGCAGGUGGAAACUGCACACCGUCACUCUUCGAGAUGUGGUCUUCUGUAGCCAUUAAAAGCGGCCACGGGCCAGGAACAGCG